AUGCGUCCAAUCUCCAGAGCUCUACUUCGGCCGUACGUUUGCCCAACCUGCCGGCAUGGCAUUGGUGCCGGCCGGCGGCGAUUCGGGUCUAAAUCCGAUACCCCGGAACUCUACGACGUGGUUUGUGUUGGAGGCGGGCCCGCGGGCCUAGGGCUAUUGGCCGCACUUCGAGCAUCGCCCAUUACCUCAAAGCUCAAAGUCGCCCUCAUCGAGAGCCAAGAUCUCAACAAAGCCAAAGCCUGGGACCUCGAACCAAACCAGUUCUCCAACAGAGUCAGCAGCUUGACACCCUCGACCGUGUCGUUCCUGCGUAGCAUUGGCGCCUACGACUGCCUUGAUGUUACCCGUGUGCAAGAAUACCAGGACAUGCAGGUCUGGGAUGGCCAGACCGGGUCCUCAAUAUCAUUCGAUUGGUCAAUGGAGACAUCACCAUUCGAAGAAAUGCGCACUGUAGCAACAAUGACCGAGAACGCGAACCUGGUGCGCGCCCUGCUGCGCCGAAUCGCAGACUCAGGCGAUGAAAACCUCUCCCUCUUCUCAAAUGCAACAGUCGCCUCCAUUGAGAACGGUAAAGACCUCAAGCCCGAAGGUCCCGAUCUCUCAGCCUGGCCAGUCGUUACCGUCAAGCCUACCGGACCCGCUGCAGAAACAGAGACGCCCAAGCGCAUCGCCGCCCGCCUGCUAGUCGGCGCAGACGGUAUAAACAGCCCCGUCCGCGCCUUCGCAGAUAUCCCCACCCAAGGCUGGGACUAUGGCCGUCACGGCAUCGUCGCAACCCUCGCGCUCGCAGAGCCAGCAACCCAGCCCUUCCCGGCCUCAAAGCGCACAGCAUACCAGCGCUUCCUCCCUGCUCUCGGCGGGCCAAUCGCCCUCCUCCCCCUGCCAAAUAACCACGCAACUCUCGUCUGGUCAACGACCCCCGAGAACGCAGCUUACCUAAAGUCCCUCCCGACCCCGGCCUUCCUCGCCAUGGUCAACGCUGCCUUCCGUCUAGACAUGACAGACCUCAACUAUAUGAUGGGCAUGCAAUCCUCCGAUUCCACCCAUUCCCACCAAGACGAACUCGCCUGGCGCGCGCAACACACAUCCCUCCCAACCCAGAUCCCUCCCCCAGCAACAGGCGUGCAGACCGGAACAGUGGCAUCCUUCCCGCUUCGCUUCCGGCACGCGGCGCAGUAUAUCUCGCCGCGCGUUGCGCUCGUCGGCGAUGCAGCGCACGUCAUCCACCCUCUCGCGGGCCAGGGUCUUAAUCUCGGCUUGGCAGAUGUUGCUUCGCUCUCGAAGACUAUCCAGUAUGCUGUAUCGCAUGGAAUGGAUGUCGGUGAUCUGCUUACGCUCGAAAGGUACUCGUCCGAGCGGUACUUGCCCAAUGCGAAGAUCGGAGGUGCUUGCGAUCUCCUGCAUAAAAUGUAUAAUGUUCCUGGAGAAGGGCCUGUUGCUUGGGCGCGCAGUCUUGGGCUCGGUGUUGUUGAUCGGCUGCCUUUUGUGAAGUCGUUCUUGAUGAAGAAUGCGGAAGGAUAUUAG